CUGAGCCUUCCCCUGAGCAGUGAGCUGCCUGCCCAAGAUCACCCCUCAUCCCUGGCCAGCCUGGCCAUGGCGAGCACGGACGGCAUAGGGGGCCGAAGGAAGAAUUUGGCCCUGCUGCGGCACAGGCUGUACAUGGGGGAGAGGAGGAGGACGGAGCCCGUGGUAGAGAGCAGCGGGGCAGGAGAGCACGGUGCCUUGCGCAGGAGUCAGUCGGACAGGACGGAGUACGGCCAGAAGCUGCAAGAAAAAAUGGCCCCACAGUCAGGAUUCACAUCCUCUGCCACCUUGCCACAGGAGGAUGAGGAAACCACCAAACGCAUGAUGGCCAAGAGGGUAAAAAUCAUCGCAGAGCUCAUGCAGACAGAGAGGGACUAUAUCAACGAUCUGGAUCUCUGCAUCAAGGAAGUGAUUCAGCCUCUGAGAAACAAGCAGAUCGCCCGCUUUGAUGUGGAUGGCUUGUUUAGCAACAUCGAAUCGGUCCAUCAAAUAUCAGCCAAGCUGCUGUCACUGCUGGAAGAAGCCACAACAGAUGUGGAACCACCCAUGCAAGUAAUCGGGGAAGUGUUUUUGCAAAUUAAAGGCCCACUAGAAGACACAUAUAAAAUCUAUUGCUAUCGCCACGAUGAUGCACACACCUUGCUCGAAUCCUAUGAAAAGGAUGAAGAACUGAAGCAGCAUUUAAGACACUGUGUACAAUCCUUAAAAAAGAUGUACGAGGAAGAAGGAAAGCCAAAUCUAAUGGACAUGGGAUCCCUGAUGAUCAAGCCAGUACAGCGGGUAAUGAAAUAUCCCUUGUUACUCCAUGAACUGUUGAAUUCAACUCCUGCUUCUCACCCUGACCACAAAGCACUACAAGAGGCCCUUUCUGCUAUGAAAAAUAUUAAUGUGAACAUCAAUGAACUCAAAAGGAGGAAAGAUUUAGUGCUGAAGUAUAAGAGGAAUGAUGAUGAUGAAACCCUGAAAGAAAAGUUUUCUCGACUGAAUAUUCACUCCAUUAGCAAGAAAUCCAAGAGGGUCACCAGCCAUCUGAAAAUACUGACAGGGGGAGAACCUCAGGUGAAAGAUCAGACAUUCAAUAAGGAAGAAAAGUUGUUUCGAAGCUUAGAGAAGACUGUGAAAUCAUGUGUGAAGAACAUUUCAUUAUCCUUACAGCAUCUACAGGAUUCCAUACAUCUGGCUGCACAGAAUGUAACUGGGCUUCAGGAAAUCUUGCAAGACAAAGAUGACGAAGCUAACAAAAACUCAAAGAAAAUGAACAACCCUACAAAUCUCUGUGAAGACCUCAUGGCUCAGCUAGACAAGGUUGUUUUGACUCCUCUCUCAGCACUACAAGCCUUGUUUUCAGGCCCACAGAAGCUCAUCCAGAAGCGCUAUGACAAAUUGUUGGACUACAACAGCUACCUCCAGAAGUCAACAGGAGAAGAGCUUGAUCUAGCAAAGAAAGACUAUGAGGCUUUAAAUGCACAGCUAGUGGAAGAACUUCAGGUAUUCAACAGAGCAGCCAAAAAGAUUGUGUUGAACUGUCUGUAUUGCUUCAUUACCCUCCUCAGAAGUAUUAUGUCUGCAGCACUUCAAUCAAAUUCUGCUGUGGUGGUGCCUGUUCCACUGUCUUCCUCAAGCAUCUGUGAAGUGCAGCAUCAGUUAAUGGAGGAGGUUCACAAGCUGAAUUUUGUAAAAGAAAACAGCAGUGCAACCUUCAUUGAAAGGAAAUUGAGCUUGGAAAAAAAGAAACCUGUCCCCUCUCCAUCUUUUCAGCUCGAAUCCCCACGUCAAACAGAAGACCACAGGUCCAAGCUGCUGUCUACGUACAGCGCAGAACUGCUGUAUCAAGCUAAGCGCAAGUGCAAUGCCACGCAGGAAUUUGAUAUUGAUCUGCAUGAAGGAGAAGUGGUGGCUGUUGUGGAGCAAAAGGAUCCCUUCCAAAGUACUAGCAGAUGGCUUGUUGACACAGGAAUCCUCAAGGGAUAUGUGUAUUCCUCCUUCCUGAAGCCUUUCAAUCCAGCCAAAGCGCAGAAGGACAUAGCAGAGAGCAACUUGUGUGAUGAUGAUUUUGAUAACAUCAGCCUCUUUGUCUCUUCACGGCCAUCCUCUGACAGCAGCUCAAGUUCAGGGCACAAGAAGAGUGACAGCAACUCAUCUCUUCACCCCUGUAAAAAUCCCACAACUAAUAGCACAGAGGCUGGAGAUUCUCAGGAUGUGGAUGAUCAGCAUACCUUCUAUGCUGUUUAUGCAUUUCAAGCAAGAAGUGAUCAAGAACUCAGUCUUCAGGAGUAUCAGAAGGUUAGAAUACUUCGGUUUUCUGACCUGAGUGGCAAUAAAGAAUGGUGGCUAGCAGAAGCCAAAGGUCAGAAAGGAUAUGUACCAUCUAAUUUUCUCGGAAAGAUGACAUACGCUUAGGAACCUAAAAGGUCCAUUCAGCCAGUUUCUACAAAGCAAACAAUGAUAAUCUACAAUGGUUUGCAGAAAGCAAGGCAAACUCACAAGUGACUGACAGAAGCCAUGGCACCUGGUGCAGCACACACAUGAUACUGAGGACCUCUGGUUUCCAAAAGCCAUCACCUUGUCAAGACCUCAGGGAAGAAGCAUUUAACAGGAAGAUCAAUUCUGCUUACCACCCCAAAGGGCUUGCUUUUCCCUAUUACCCCAUAAUUUUCACUUCUAUCAAAAUGUCCUACAUCCAAAUUCAACCUACAAAUACACUUCACAGCAGAAGUGAUGUUCCCUCCCCCCCCUAAAUAAUAUUCAAGAUGAAGGCAGCCAGCCUUGAAAAAAGACAAAUUCAGCCUUCAGGGAUUUUGCAGCUCAGACUGAAUUGUUCUUAAAUCUCUACCUUGAUGAACACAACCACAUAUCCAAACUCAAGCUUUUGGGUUAUCUAUUUUUAUCUCCAGCCACUUUUGUAAAGAAUCUUUUUCUCAGUGGUGAAUAGAGUGGGAAAAGAAAAAGAAAAAGGCUUUUUUUUUUUUUUAAGAAGCAUUUCAGUUUAAACCAUACUGAUGCAGUUGGUAUCAGCAGCUGAACUCAGAGAUGAAAGUAUGUUUAGUUACAUGUAGAAAUGGAAUGAGGAAAAAAAGGGAAGAAGAAACGUGAAAUAAAGGUCAUCUUCAAGAAAAUAAAUUUCAUAGCUACUUUGUAAGGUAAGAAACAGUCUGCAGCACGACGAAUCUGCCUCAGGUUUAAAAUGACUUUUCUAUACACUAGCUGCUUUUUAGUGUAAGAUCCAUGUAGUGAAACAAUUUGUGUCACUAGAUUUAGGAAAUUCAUUAAGAUUUGGAAAAAGGGUCAAGCAGUGCCAUUCCAAGAAUAUUUACUGCCUAUCUGAUUCUUUAGGUCAGACACAGAGAUCAUACUAUCAAGGGAAUACACUAAGAUUUAAGAUGUAUCAACAUUUAUCUUCCCAAAAAGAAAAAAAUCAUUCUCAUACUGAAAGCAUCUUAACAUUAAACAGUGAAGAAAAUACUGAUGAGCUGAUCUGCUGUUUGCAAAACUUGGAAUUAAAAGCCCUAUAUCUGGCUGAAGUAUCUUAACAGCAGUCAGGGUUAUUUUAAGAAGAUAAAAUAGUUUACACCAUACCUCAGUGAGCAUGGAAAACUAAAAAAUCCCAAGGAAAGAUGUGUUUUUCAAGCAGUACUUUUUGAGUUUCCCUGACUGCAGUGACCCUUACUGAGCUUAGGCUGGUGCCCUACACUAGGCUGGUGGGCAAUCUAACAAUACAUCUUUACUACUACCACUGAUAACUGUGCAUUUACAAAAAUUUAUUACAGGACAGAAAUGCCUUGGUCCUCUAGCAAUGAGUGAGGACCUUCUUACAUUAAGUACUGCAAAAAGAAAACAGAUCAACAACCUAAGAGUCUGAGCCUGAAACAGUGAAAGAAACUCCUUGUAGAUAUUUUCAGUACAGCUUCGUAAUUGUUUUUAACUGAUUGACCAAUAAAAUGGGGGGGCAGGAGGGUGUCGUUGAUCAAAGGUGAGCAUAUACAGAAAUUGUUCUAAAGCUGUUGUGUCAGUUUCUACUUCCUGAAGCACAGGAUACGAAUGUAAAACAAUCCAAAGACUAUAGCAUAGCAAGAAAUAGCCAGUCUGCAAAGAAAGGAUGAGAGAGUUACAAUAGCUGAUGCAAGCAAUAGUUUUUGCUGCACAAAUGGAUCUAUUUUCAUUUUCAGCUCCAUAUUUGCAUUUCAUUUUGCUGAAAAGAUAAUUUUGAGUUUUGCUCAGAAGAUGUAAUAGAUACACAGUGGAGCUGUGUAUCUCACAAAACUGAGAUCCUGAAAUUUGUGCCAGAUUAAAGUUAUACGAUAGAGAAACUUGUAGACUUCACUGAGAUGGACAUCCAGAAAUUAGGAUAUGAAAUUCGGAACUACUGCAAUCCCAAGACCAGUAAGAAAAGAUAUGUACAAGAUUGCUUAACUUGCACUUUCAUCUUGCUGUUUCAUAGCAAGCAAAAAAAAAAAAAUCAUUCAUCCAUGGAUAAAGCUUUUUUUUUUUUUUUUCCAAAAAAGAAAACUUCACAUUUAAGUAAAUUAAGAAAAUAAAGUGAAGGAGGGGGAUGAAGGGGAGGGGUGCAUGACCUUGGAUGAAUGAAUCGUAUGGAUUACUAUCAAUUUCACCCUACUGAGACUGCAUUGCUCUGGCACUUAAACUUUAAGAUUAUGGGGAAGAUAUGCACAAGAAGCUUUUCAGCAUGUCUUACAUUUCAGAGUAUUUUAUUUGGAGAUGUUCUAUACUUCACAGUAGUUGAAAGAGUUUUAGAAAUGACUGAAUUGUAUUUAAGUGCUUCCAAGACUGCAUUAAGUCAAGGAGUGUUUUAUAUUUCAGAUAGGGAAAUUAAGUAAGGGCAAGAGUCAGAAAAAAAAGAUUUCUGUAGUAUUAGUUCUCAGAACUCUGCUUGAGUCAUACGGAAGGCUCUGAUUUUGAGUGUUAUGUACAUUCUCCAUGAAAAAUCAGGCUCUGUGAAGGUGUCUCUAAGCAAGUUCAAACACUGCUUUCUGAAGUGUUCAGUAGGGAUCCCGAAGUAACAAGAAAGAUGAAGUAACAGUGACAAUGUUUCUUUAAAUAUGUGGGAUUUCAGAACUUCUAGGAGGAUUCUAAUAAGCUAUGAAAUCCCACUUGAUGGUUAGCACUCUUUAAAAUGUUAUACUGCAGGCUAGUUUAUGUGACUUCAUUAUAUAUAUUUAAAAUCCUUACAGUAUCUUGGGAUUCACUAAAUAUAAACAGGUGUUCCAGUGGAUUAGCUUAUUUAACCACCUCAGAAAUUCCAAGUCUCGUAUAUUAAAAUUUGAUAUUACAGGUGUCUCACAAUCUUUUUGUUUGCUUAAAACAAAUAAAAAUCCAACUUCAAUUAUUGCAAAACCAAGAGAUGCUCUUUGAAUUAAAGCCUUCACCCAAUAAGGAGAUUUACAACAAUUCAAAUUAGACUUGCUCAGAUGCAUUUUUGUUAAGAGUCCAACUUUCAGCACUACAGUUCUGAGCCAGGUUAGGACUCCAGACAUUCUUAAAAGCUACGUAAUGUUUUCACAGCUGAUUCAGUAAUGUAAAAGAAGGUUACAGUAUACUAAGAAUUUUCUUGUUCUAAUUAGUGACAAAACUAAUUAUUUUGACUGAAGGAGGAAAAGGCUGCAGUUUAAUCCUGCAUGUACUCAAACAUACAUUUUAGUUACUUGUACCAUCAUGACAGUAAGCAUGUAUUACUAGGACUGGGUCCGUUCAAGCUGAAGUGUUCCUCCCCUCACAGAUGUAUUUUUAAGUAUUGACAUUGGUCACCUGCAACCCUGCAGACAUCCAAGCCAGCAAACAACACAAUGCCUCUCAUUCGACCUUUGACAACUGUGUUGUCUUCCCUCUUAAUCCUUAAAUGAGGAUUUACCUUUUUAAAACUAAAACACAUUGAAGAAUUCUUCCUUCUGAGUAAUUAUGCCCUUCAAAUGCUAAAAUAUACCUUUGCUGUCAUUUUAAGCUAGAUUGCAGAAAUGCCACCUCUGGACUAGAGCUGUAAAAGAAAACAGUCACAAUGCUUGUGUGACUAUAACUCCUACAAUCAUCUUUGUUCAGAAAUGGUGAAAUUAACCUUCUUAAAUUAUUGCAAUAAUAAAAAUAUUUUUCUAAGGCUGUUGUCUUUUUUUUAAAUUAUACAAAAAAAAGACCUAUUCCAGAAGCUAAGAGCUAUGCAUGCUACCCAAGAUCUGCUUCCUGUUGUCAGCUAUAAAAAGCAUCACUGCAAAGUUACCAGAGCAGAAGAAAUGGUCAGUUGCAUCAAAUAAUGCACUGCCUUUUUAGUAUACAUCUUAACUUCUCUAUUCACAUAUUAGAACUUGCUCAGUACCUUGAUAACAUAUGAGUUUCAAAAUACACCUCAAGUUUGCAAAUAUUAUGUUAGACCUGUUCUUUUCUUGCUACUUCUAUGGUUGUGACCAUUAUUUACUGCUAUGUCCAGCCAAAUUUUUUCCUGUUACCACUCAUGACAGAAAGGCCUGCUAUGGAAGUAGAUUACAGAACUGUGUUAGAUGCCAGUAUCUUUCCUGUUAGACCCAGAUACCACCAGCACCCUAGUCCAGCCAGAAGCCUUCACACAAAAGAAAUAAAUUGCCUCACAUUGCUAAGGAAAUCAGGAUUUGAGCAUCUGUGAAAAACAUAAUAUAUAAAUGGAAGUAUAUUUUUAUACUGACUAAUAAAAUGAGUAAGAAAAGUCAUGAAGCUAUACUUACAGUAGAUCACAGAGCAAUCUAGUUUAGGGAUUAAAAAAAAAAAAAAAAACAGGACUGUUUUCCAGUUACUUUUUUCCCUAAAUAUGGAAUGUAUUUUCAAAAUUCACAAGGCCUUCCUUCCCUUCUGCCUUACACUAAGUUCAUCAACUCCAAGUGUAAAUUCAGUUGAACAAUGCCAAAGAACAGAUUCCUCUCCUGAUAAUACAGUUAAUUCCAUACUAACUUCAAAGCAGAAAGCAACUGUUCCCUUCAAUAUACUGUGGCUUCCAGCAGUGCCUAUUUUAUGUAUUCAAGCUAGACUGUUGAUUUAAAAGUCCAGGUCUAUGUUACAAAUCCUUACUGAUAUAAUACUUCAGAGAAUCACAAUCCUAACUGACAUUUUUAUACCAACAGAAGGAGACUUAACUUUUCAUUUCAGAAGCUGGAAAAGUUACAACAGAAAAUUUAUAUUAAUUGCAGAUCCACUGCAAGUUUUGCUAAAUGUAUGGCAAAAGAAGUUGAUGACAAUGCCUUCUAAUAGGGAUACAGGCACUAUGGAGCAACAGCUCACCUCUUUCCAGUGGCCCAAGAAGAGUGCAAGGGUUUGUGCUACAAACCCUUAAAUGAAGGU